AUGUCACUUAAACGUUUUGCCAUGUUGGCAGCCAUAUCGUAUAAUAAUCAGCAAAAUUACAAUAAUAACAACAAUAGUAACACUAAUUACAAUAAUAACAACAACAAGGUUAAUAAUAAUAAAACACAAACAACAUUUGGAACCACAGCUACGCCAGAGUCAACAACAAAAAUAAUAAAUAGCAACAAAUCGACAUUGAUACAAUUGAAACAACAACAGCAGCAACAAUCACAGCAAAUAUUUGCACCAACAUCUUUAAGCAGCACAGCCACCACAAUAUUAUCAGCAACAUCAAAUUCAUCGCUAUCCCCAACGAACACACUCACUAAAACUGAUCACCAGCAACAUAAUGGAAUCAUCGAAAGUGUUGAUAGCAGCAGUGAUGUUGUGGAAGAUGACUCUUCUAGUUAUAGCAGUGAAAGUAGUGAAUCUUUAGAUCUUGAUCAACACCCAGUGCCUGAGAGACAGCCAUCAAACACUUACACCAGUACCACUUAUUACGGCAGUGGUUUUGGUGUGUUUCACCAGCAAAAUAUACGCUCCAAUGGCGGCGGCAUUGCUCUGAUAACUGGCAGUAGUGCCAGCAAUGGCUUGGGUGGCGGAUCUUACUCGAAUGGCAUUAAUAAUAAUGUGAAUUUACUGUUGGGAGGUGCCAUGUUAACAUUGAUUACCACCAUAUUGUGUGUUGUCUGUUACUGUUGUCAUCGCAACAUUAAAAAACGUACCGAAGCCGCAUAUCGACAGCAACGUCAGUGGUUGGAAAACGAUCCAAAUAUGGAAAUUUAUAGUGUGGAACAAUGUUACGAAACAUCCGGCCUCUUUGUGGGCGAUUCAAUGGAUGGUUUGGCCACAAUACCAGCUCUUCACCAUGAACCGCCGCCCUCUUACGAUGCGGUAGUCGCAAUGCAAGAGCAACAACAAUUAUUGAUACAACAACAUCAACAGCAAUUAAUGAUGCAGCAACAAUUGUUGCAACAACAAUUGCCCACAAAUAAUUCACCACCUCCUGGCUACCGAUCAUCAUUGGAUGUUAGUGCCAUCAUGCAAGGCAGAGGCAAUGCCUUGGGCGGAGUCUUAGGCAUGGCAGGAGGAUCUAUUAUAAGUGGCAUGGAAAUAAAUUCGUUGGCUUCAUCAGAUGCUAAUAUAAGAGCAGCCAACAGUCAUUCCCCCAUAGAUCCUCUGCUAAAUUACAAUGAUGUCAAUGGCAAUGUGGCGGCAGCCUUAACUGUAGCAACUACAACACCUACAAGUAAUCGUGCAACUGUUAGUUAUUUGCGCAACAAACAGCAGCAACAGCAACAACGAAAUGUAGCCCCCAACCAAUUGAGUCAAUUGAAUAUGAAAAAGGUUUUGCAGGCCCAAUCCUGCUGUUCUCUACAACGAGCCGAAGUGGAAAAUAUGUGGAAUGCAGCCGCCGCGGCUUUGGCAGCCAGAUCGGCUCAUCUACCCAGCGAUUCCAGGGCUUCAACGACGGCCUCUUCAAGUUCUCCCACAUUGGCCAUCAACACACGCAAACUGUCGCAGGGUUAUAACACCUCGAAAACGAAUACACCCGAAACCUUUGGCAGUCGUUACUUGAAACAGAACUACUAUCGACGUGGUUGUCCUCUGUGUGGUAAAUUCCGUUACGACAAUGAUUCCACGCUCUCCAUAUCUAUGGAAAGCAAUUUGGAUACAUUAGCAGCUGCCUUAGCCGAAGAACAGCCAAGCAAUGGCGAGGAAAGAGAUCAGGAGGCAACACAAAAUAAUUUAAAUAAUAAUAAUAACAUAGCGAGUACUUUAGAUGAUAGACACCAUAAUGAGAAUAAUGAGUAUGAUGAGGCUGAGAACAAUGAAGAGCAGGAGGAGGAGGAUGGGGAUGAUGAAGUGGAUGACAAUGAUAAUGAUGUAGAGCAGCAGUGUUCUUGUUUAAACUCCAAAAGAAAAAGCGAAAUAAGAUUUAAACAACAAAAUCGUUAUCAAAAAGUAACCACACAAGCGGAUAACACUGAAACACAAGAGCAUCAGCACGUUGAAAGCAACAUUAUUAAACAAGCAGCAGCUAUUCCAACUCCUACAACAACAGAUGCUAAUGACAACUGUGCAAUAGCAACUGAAAGACAAUCAGCAGCCUCUAAUAAUAACAAUAAUAAUCAUAAUGACAACACUACCAUGGAUGACUCCCUGAACAUGCCAUCCACUUCUGCAGCCGCAUCCACAACGACACAGCGCACACUUGAUCCUCCUACCACCACUUCGUCAGCGGCUUCAACACCCUCGGUAACCAUAAAUCUGGAUUGCAUCAAUGAGAAUGGCAUCAUUAGUUUGGAUAUGAGUAAAAUUAUUGAUAAAACUGGUCUACCCACCUACGAUGCAGCCUUAAAAUUAGAAUCCAGUGGUUACGUUUGA